UCACCGAGUCCUGGCUGGAAAUUCCCCGCCGGCACCCAACGAUCACCGUGUAGAACUGACAGGACAUGCUGCUGUGUAUUUCUCUGCACAGCAGAGAAAUACACAGCAGCAUGUCUCCGUAGUAAGACACACACAGCACUUCAUGUAAAACAGCACACAGUUAACCCUUUGAUCACCCCAGAUGUUAACCUCUUCCUGCCUAUUGUUAUUAGUACAGUGUCAGUGCUUUUUAUUAACACUGAUCACUGUAUUAGUGUCAUUGGGAUGUCAGUGGCAGUUAGUCAGUUCCGACCCAGUAUCAAAAUGCCCACCACAGUCCUG